CUGACGUCACCGCGUACCGUGGACCUACAGCUACCGGAGCGUCACGACCGAGUCCGUGCUAACGUUACUCCUCUUCUCAGCCGGUGUGCGGCUGCUCUCCUAACUUAACCCCGUCAGCCGGCAAUGAGCGAACGCUAUCACUCACUUUUCUCCAGGAAAACCCCGGCGAACCGGCUGUUUCCCUGCCUAUCCGUUGCACUUCCGGGUUCCGAGCAAGCGUCUUUUCCUGAGGAUCAGCUGUGAUGAUCGAGUGAGCGACUCCUGAAGGCUGUGCUCCCGGUAAUCGCAGUGCACGGUUGAAGACAGCGUGGCAGGAGGAUUCCCGGAUAAAGCUGCUUCCUUGCUGCCACUCAUCUCAUGUAUUAUGAAAAGCUGCUGUUUUGAGCAUGAAGAUGUGCCAAUGGUGACUCAUCCUGCCGCUCUGAUAUAGUACGAGUUGUUUUGGGUCGUUAACACUUGGUUGAUAUUGUGAUGAAGGUCCGCUGAGCUCGGAGUCUCCAUCCGGACUGUAUUAUAUCGAGAGAUUGUCGCGCUUUCUCUGUAUUUUGCGCAUCCCACCGGCUGGAGAGCGACGCGCGCGCGAGAGCCUGGCGGCUUUUCAUGAUUUAAUGAGAAUUAAAGUGCUGCCGGUUGGACAAUGAAGAAGUUCUUCGAUGCCCGUCGGGAGAUGGUGAGCUCUGGACCCGCGUCUGGAGCCGCUGCGGGGGGCGGCGCGGGGUCCGGCGCGUUUAUCGGACGCGUUUUCUCCAUCGGACGAUAUCAAGUGACCGUGGAGGAGACUGUGGCGGAGGGUGGUUUUGCUAUCGUAUUUCUGGUGAGGGCUCACCAGGGUGUCCGUUGUGCGCUGAAGAGAAUGUAUGUGAACAAUGAGCAUGACCUUCAAGUAUGCAAGAGGGAAAUUCAGAUUAUGAGGGACCUUGUGGGUAACAAAAACAUUGUUGGUUUUAUGGACUCCAGCAUCACAGCAGUAGGUUCAGGAGAUGUUUGGGAAGUUCUCAUAUUGAUGGACUUCUGUCGAGGUGGGCAGGUUGUGAACCUGAUGAACCAGCGCUUGCAGACUGGAUUCAGUGAGACGGAGGUGCUGCAGAUCUUCUGUGACACAUGUGAAGCUGUCGCUCGACUACAUCAGUGCAAAACUCCCAUCAUCCACCGGGACCUUAAAGUGGAGAACAUCUUGCUGCACGACAGAGGACAUUAUGUGUUGUGUGAUUUUGGCAGUGCCAUUAACCGCUCCCAGAAUCCACAAACAGAAGGUGUGGCGGCUGUAGAAGAAGAAAUCAAGAAGUACACUACUCUUUCAUACCGGGCCCCAGAAAUGGUGAAUCUAUAUGGGGGCAAAGUUAUCACUACUAAAGCAGAUAUAUGGGCUUUGGGCUGCUUGUUGUAUAAGUUGUGUUAUUUCACAUUGCCGUUUGGAGAGAGUCAGGUGGCCAUCUGUGACGGCAGCUUCACCAUCCCUGACAACUCCCGCUACUCGCACGACAUGCACUGUCUCAUCCGUUACAUGCUCGAGCCAGACCCUGACAUAAGGCCAGAUAUCUACCAGGUGUCAUAUUUCACCUUUAAACUGGCACGGAAAGAAUGCCCAGUACAGAAUAUCCACAACUCACUCAUUCCAGCAAAACUCCCAGAGCCAAUCAGAGCCAGUGAAGCCGUGGCCAAGAAGAGUCAAAACAAAGCCAGGCUCACUGAUCCAGUCCCUACGACUGAGACAUCCAUAGCACCACGGCAGCGUCCCAAGGCUGGCCAAGCCCAACCAAUCGCAGGCAUCCUGCCCAUCCAACCAGCCCUCACCCCUCGUAAAAGAGCCAAUGCACCUGCAGGACCCGGCCAGCCAAUCAGUGUUAACAGUGCUUCCCAGCCUGUUUCCCAAUCACAGGUUCCUGUCGCUCAGCAACAAGCCACACCCACUCCAAUGCAGGCCACUCCCUCUCCACCCCAGACCACAACCCAACAUGCACAACUUUUUGUGCAGCAGCAAAACACAGCCUUCUUUACUGCUCAACAACAGUCUGUUGGCGGAAGUCGUGGGGUGCAUAAAGUCGGCUCCUUGACUCCACCCUCUUCUCCCAAGACCGCCCCUAAAGGAGGCCACAGGCGAAUUCUGAGCGAUGUCACACACAGCGCCAUAUUUGGAGUUCCUGUGAGCAAGUCCACUCAACUGCUUCAGGCUGCUGCUGCAGAGGCCAGCCUCAACAAGUCCAAGUCAGCUAGCACCACUCCCUCUGGUUCUCCAUGUUCAUCACAGCAGAGUGUUUAUCAGUCAGGGGAGGCUUCGGGACCCUUGCCUGGAGCCCCUGCAUCCUGGAACCCCUUUGGCGAUGACAAUUUCUGUAAACUCACAGCAGAAGAGCUGCUCAACAAGGAUUUUGCCAAACUGGAUGCUAAGACAGCCGAGAGAUCCUGCCCUGAAAAUCUGAUUUCUGGGUUGCAGUCUGUGUCUUCAAAUAAAGGCUUUAUCCAGGGAGGAGCUGGGAUGGAUUCUCUGAUCCCUGGUCUGGAUCCUCUACAGACUGAUCCUGGGUCAGCUGCACUACCAGAAUCUUUGGUUGGACAGGAUUCUCUUUUGGAUGGGCCGCUUCUCUCCCACCCCUCCACUGGGGGUCUAAUACUGGCCUCAUCCCCCUCAUCUCUCCCUACACCAUCUAUGGACCAGUUUACUACUACUGCUUUGAGUAGUGGACAGUUCCACCAGGCCUCUGAUCCAGCUCACCAGGCUCUCUCAGGCUUCCAGUCCUCUGAGACUGGGGACCAAAGCUCCAAUAACCAGUUUGACCCAAUUCCAGUGCUUAUCUCCAAAAGCUCCAGCCAAGAAGCCAGAAGCAAGAGUGAUGGAUAUGGAUCGCAUUCAGAGGGAGGUGACCUCGAGAACCCUGUGGAGGAGGGCUGUCUUCAUUCCAGCGAUGAAGACGAUGGAGAACAAGAAGGGGGGAGGUCACAGGUGAGCGGCGAAGAAACGCCAAGUCUGGACUGCAGUGGCUCCAGACCGUUACUUCAAGACUCGGAUGACGAUGACGACCAAAGUCCUGCGUCUUCCAGAAACCUCCAGAUGUCUUCCCAAUCCGAGGAACCAGUUGAAAACCAGUCCUCGCUGGUUUCUCAGAGCCACUCGCCACAGCUGGUGUCACAAGCCCAACAUGCAAACACAGAUGCAAGCGUCGACUUCUUUUCCAAAGCUCCGUUUCGAAUCGGACAAGACCUAGACGGCGACGGGGAUGUGUUCGACAAUGCACCGUUUCCUCGUCUUCCAGCUCAGCCUCGACAGCCUGAUAUUUUCCUCCAGGCGCCCUUUGGUAGGAAGAAGGAAGCUUCUGGAAAGGUUUACAGCAAUCCGGCGGCCCAGCCGAGAUUUUCUUCCCUUGACCAGAGCAUCCUCGGCCAAGUGACCCCUCUGGCCUUUCGCCCCCAGGCACUUUCUAAGUAUUCCAGACACUACGAAGGACCUGUGAACACAGACCCUGAACACAGACCGAGCGCUGUGACUUCUGAUGGGACUUCCACUGACCCCUUCGUCUCGGCGCCCUUCCACCUUAAAGGCCGUCAAGAUAAACGCUGAGAGAACAGCGUAUGUGAAACCGCACCGUACUACUUUUGCCCCCUAAAAGAUUCGAGCUUAACAUAAUAAAAUGCUGUAUACCGAGUGUAAUUUAUUCAAGAAUGAAGCACAUUUAUGGCCUCUGGCUGUCUAUCUCUGGGUCACCGUUUGAUUGUGUGACAUCUUUUUCUACCUCAGAUCAUUCUCAUGCUGUCAAGCUUCAUUUCUGUCCUGCGUAUGUACCACGUCCACAGAAACCUGAUUUAGCCUGUUGUUUUACAAAAAUAGUUUGGAUUGUUUUCUAUUAUGAGCAUGAGCUUAAAAAAUUAUAUACACCAUUAUGAAAUGUUUGUAUUAUUGGCCAUCCGUUUACCGAUGGUACUUCUACUAUCAAGGUAUACCAGGCAGUUUUGUAUAGCUCAGAUCUGGCAGAGUCGUACAUCUUAAUAAUAAAAAAAAGAAAACCGGAAACAUUCUAACUACUGAUAAAAUAUAUGUUGAUGAUUUUGUUUCUCAAAACACACACAAAGGUGUCAGCCAACAUUUCACUAGGCUUUACCUUCAUAUCCAGGUCACAUUUCACUCCAAAUGUAAAAGAAAACAGGUUUUAA